AUGGAGUUCGGUGGCUCGAAACGCGAGGGGUUGAUGUGUGACUCUACAGAAGGGGAGCAGAGGGGGGUGGAGGUGAGUGUAAGAGGACCAGGAGGAGCGAGAGAGGAGGAGGAUAGGGGGAGUGAGGGAGAGGUGAACGAAGGAUUAGUGAGGAGUGAGGGAGGGGAGAAGGAAGUAGAAAGAACGGAAAAGGAGGAGGAUGGGGGGAGUGAAGGAGGGGUGAAGGAGGGAGCAACGGAGGUGAACGCUUGUGGGGGAGGAGAUGUGAGAGGAAUGAAGGAGGAGGAUGGAGGGAAGGAGAUCAGAGAGGAGAAAGAAGAGGAAGUGGGGGUGGGGUUGGGGAUGGGAGUAAUGGGAGGGGUGAAGGAGGGAGCGGCGGUGGGAGAGGAAGCAAGGAAAGGAGCGAUGAGUGCUUUUGAGGCGCCUCAAAAGAUGAAAGAGGGAGUAUUGGUGGGAGGGGAAUUAAAGGAGGCAAGGCAAGGAGCGAUGAAUGCAUGUGGGGGACGUAUUGGAAGAGAAGACGAAAAGGAGGAUGGGGGGAAGGAUAUGAAAGUGGCGGUAGAGGGUGAGGAGAGUGUUGAGGAGGAGGAGAGUGAAGCGGAGGAGGCGAGUGAAGAGGAGGAGGGGAGUGAAGAGGAGGAGGAGAGUGAAGAGGAGGAGGAGAGUGAAGAGGAGGAGGAGAGUGAGGAGGAAGACCCAACAGGGGCUCCUUCGCUCUCUCCUCUCCACCCCCUUCCCUCUCCUGCCCAUUCUCCCCUUCCUCCUCACACCCUCCCACCUGUUCCUUCUCCCCUCUCUCCUCUCCACCCCCUUCCCUCUCCUGCCCGUUCUCCCCUUCCUCCUCACACCCUCUCCCCUGUUCCUUCUCCUUCCCGCCCUCCUCUCCCCCCUCGUCCUUCUUCUCCCCUCUCUCCUCUCCCCCCUCGUCCUUCUCCUCCCCUCUCUCCUCUCCCCCCGCGUCCUUCUCCUCCCCUUUCUCCUCUCCUUCCUCUUCCCACUCCUGCCCGUUCUCCCCUUCCCCCUGCCGCGGCUCCUGCUGCUGAAAUGCCACAAGCGCUGCUAACCAGGCCCAGAAGCACGCCAAGUCUAGCCAGUGCAGCUAGCAAAGACGCUUAUAAGGGGUACAGUAUGGCCGCUGCUGGCGAGGCCGCUUAUAAGGGUGCUGCUUAUGGGAAAAAGGAUGGAGGAGCAGGAGCAGGAGGCGCAGCAGCAGUGGAAAUGAGUGAGGAGGAGAGGGAGAAGGAGAGAGUGAGGGAGAAGGGGAGGGAGCUGGCAGAACGGGCGCGGAAGCAGCGGCAGCAAUUUGUGGAGCGACUGGAAAAGCGAAAGCAGAUGGCUCGAAUGGGGGGGUGCGGCGCGGUAUCAGGGGCUGUGGAGCAGCCAAGUGCAGUUGAUGCUGCUGCUGCUGCUGCUGCUGCUGCUGCUGCUGCUGGUGUUUGGAAAGACGAGUCAACGCGGCAAGCCGAACUGCUAGCAAACAAAGUAGACAGUUCGGGGGGAGUGGGAGGAUCAGGGGAAGUGGAGGGUUGGGGGGGAGCGGCAGGUUGGGAGGAAGAGAGGGAGGGGGUGGGUGGAAAGGCGGUUGGGGAAGCGGAGGAGGAGGGGGAGGAGAAAGUGGGGGAGGAGGAGGAGGAGGAGGAGGAGGAGGAGGAGGAGGAGGAGGAGGAGGAGGAGGAGGAGGAGGAGGAGGAGGAGGAGGAGGAGGAGGAGGAGGAGGAGGAGGAGGAGGAAGUGGGGAAGGAGAAAAGAGGGCGAGGAGAGGAGGAGGGGGGUGGCGGUACCAAAUGUGCUGCUGAUGGCAAGAAAGGGAGGAAGGGCAGUGAGGGUUAUGGUUUUACUCGAGAGGAAUGGGGGGGUGAAUUGGAUGGGGAAGGGGAAGGGGAGGAGGAGGAGGAGGAGGAGGAGGGGUUAGAGGAGGAGGAGGAGGUGCCGUUGGUGCAGCUGCUACGGUCGAGAACUAUCGGGUCGGGAUAUGCAUGCAGAGUGCUCGAUUUGGAAGCGAUUGGUGCUGCUGCUGCUGCUGAUGUUGGCGGCACAGCGUAUCUUGAUGAUGAUGGUGAUGGUGAUGGUGAUGGUGAUGGUGAUGGUGAUGGUGAUGGUGGUACGGUUUGUGGUGCUGAUGAUGGUGCUGCUGGUGCUUUUGCUGGUGGUGGUGAUGUAUCAAAGGAGAACGAGCACAAGGAAGGCAGCAGCAGGCACAAGGGGGGAACGAAACCGGCAAAGAAAAGGAAGGAGGCGAAGACAAGGAGGAAGAGCGAGGGUGAGGGGGACAGUGCUGAAGGGGACAAGGUUAAAGAGGCAAAGGAAGGUGGGGUGAAGGAGAAGAAGAAGCAGAAGAAGGAUGGGAGCACGACCAAGGCCAAAAAGGGUGGAAAAUCUGAGGAGGUGGGAGAGACAAUAAAGGGUGAGGAGGGAAAGAAGGGUGAGGAGGUUGGCAGGGAGAAGGAGCCGAGACUUACCAGCCCAACUGUUCAGUCGCAGCGGCUUCAGUUGCAGGCAGAAAGCAGCGGUGAGGGUGCCUUGUUAGCCGGUCCUGUAGGGUUGGAUGGAGGGAAGCGUUGGGCCGGCAAUAGGGCUUUAAGAGUGGCCAUUCCUUUGGAUAUUCCUAACGAUGAAGAUGAGGAAGAGGAGGAGGAAGAGGAGGCAGAGGAGGGGGAGAGGGAGAGGGAGAGGGAGAGGGGUGAUUAUAUCAAACGUGCGCUCUUACAACGUGGUGCUAUGUCCGCAUGUGACUAUAUGGGGCGCUCAUCGUUCAAACCAGCAGCUGUUUCCGCAGCGGGAGGAGCACGGGCGGCGCCGGCCCUGACACCAGGCCCAGCAGCCAAUAGGAAGCUGCCACUAAGACGCCUAAAUGGACCUCUAGGGGAGUUUCAGGGGAAGGUUUUAGAAGAGGGCAUGAUGGAGCAUUGGAAGGGGGGUUGUUAG